GAGGCAGGGCCUAAGAUGAGGAAAAAAAAGUUAGUUAGUACUGUAACCAAAAAAAGUUGAGUUUUAAGCCAUGUCAUUGGCUGAGGAGAAUCUGUCAGGAAAAUGCAAUGGCUCGCUGAGUCAGGAGGAGUCUGACCAUAUAUUUAUUGCAACUUAAAAAAACACACCUACACUAAUUCAGCCGCGGCGCCCGCAGGGACAACCAUCCUCACGACAUGAGCGCUCCAGUAGCUGUAUACAGGAACAUCUACACGGAGGACCGGUUCAAGCAGGCCUACGGCUCCGAUGACAACGCGACUGGAAGUCUGCGGCUGCGGGAGAAACUGGCCGGGAAGUGCAAGUGCUCAAGGCGAGGAUGCCUUCACCUGCUCAGGGAGCGAGUCCCACUUUUCAGCUGGCUGCCGAGAUACAGACUGAGGAAAUGGAUUUUAGGAGACGCUAUAGCUGGACUGACUGUUGGUAUUCUUCAUAUUCCGCAAGGUAUGGCCUUUGCUUUGCUUACAUCAGUGGCUCCGAUUUUUGGCCUCUACACCUCCUUCUUCCCAGUAGUCAUGUAUAUGAUUUUUGGCACUGGCCGCCAUGUUUCCACAGGUACCUUUGCUGUAGUGAGCCUGAUGACCGGUUCUGUGGUGGAGCAGCUGGUUCCAACUCCUCUGGCCUUCAACUCCAGCUCGUCUGAAGCAGCAGACUUAGAGGCCCAGCGGAUUGGAGUGGCUUCAGCUGUAGCACUACUAUCAGGAAUCAUCAUGCUCUGCAUGUUUGGUCUUCAGCUUGGCUUCCUCUCUACCUACCUGUCAGAGCCAAUUGUUAAGGCUUUCACCAGUGCUGCUGCCUUCCAUGUUACCGUCUCGCAGCUGCAAAGCAUGCUGGGCCUGAGACUCCCUCGCAACACUGGGUCUUUCUCUCUCUUCAAGACUUUAGCCUUAGUGAUGGAGAACCUGUCUCACACCAACAUGGCCGAGCUGCUGAUCUCUGUGGUGUGCCUGGCUGUACUGGUCCCAGUUAAGGAGGUCAACACACGUUACCGGCACCGCCUGCGCACACCCAUCCCUGUGGAGAUCCUCAUGGUGAUUAUUGCUACAUGCGUGACAUAUUUCUCCUCGCUAGAUUCCAGUUACAACAUUGAGAUAGUUGGCCAUAUCCCCGCUGGAUUCCCAAAGCCUCAGUUGCCUGCUUUCCACACUUUCCCAGCCAUUGCUGGAGACACGAUUGCCAUAACGUUUGUUGGAUAUGCUGUGUCUGUCUCCCUGGCGAUGAUUUAUGCUGACAAACAUGGAUAUUCUAUACAUCCCAACCAGGAGCUGCUAGCUCAUGGGAUCUCCAACACCGUAUCCUCCUUUUUCACUUGUUUCCCCAGCUCAGCCACUCUGGCCACCACCAACAUACUGGAGAGUGCUGGAGGAUACACACAGCUCUCAGGCCUCUUCACCAGUCUGGUUGUCUUGAUUGUCCUCCUUGUUAUUGGACCCCUGUUCUACUUCCUUCCCAAGGCAGUGCUGGCAUGCAUCAAUGUUACCAGCCUCAGGCAAAUGUUCUUGCAGUUCCAAGACUUACCCGAGCUUUGGAGAAUCAGCAAGCUUGACUUUAUGGUUUGGGUUAUAACCUGGCUGUCUGUGGUGGUACUGAAUGUGGACCUUGGCCUGGCAAUUGGGGUGCUUUUCUCUAUGAUGACUGUGAUUUGUCGAACACAAAGGGCUGACUGCUCAGUUCUUGGGUGGGCGAGCAACACAGAAAUAUACAGACCCAUGGAGAACCACAGCAAGUGCUAUGAAGUGCCUGGAGUGAAAAUCCUGACAUACAACGGGCCCAUUUACUACGGCAAUCGCAGCUUCUUCAGGGAGAAAAUGAGCAGGGUGCUGGGUCUCACACCAGAAAAGAUCCGCAGUCGGGAAAAGGCCAAGAAAGCUUUGGAGAAACGGGAGAGAGAGGCCUGUGUCAGCAGUGUGGAGAGAGGCAUUGCAAACACAUCAUUUUCCUCAGUAAAUGAGUUCUUUGAAUCAGAAACAUCAGAAAAAGAUGUGCAGGCCGUGCUGAUUGACUGUAGUAGAGUCAUAUUUGUUGAUGUUGCUGGAGCCAGACUCUUCACACAGAUGUGCACCGAGUGCCAGAAAAUUGGAGUCCAUCUGUAUUUAGCAAAUUGCAACGAGAAUGUCUUAAAGAUCCUCACGUCAAGUGGCCUGAUGAGUCACAUGAAUCCUCAACAUAUUUUCGUCACCGUUCAUGAUGCUGUUCUGUAUAUUCAGCAGCAGAGGGAAAAACCUCUAGAGACCAACCCAACAGUUUGGGUAUGAACCCGGAGGACAGCGCUGAGUCUUGCUCAGCUCCAGUUUCUGUGACUCAGCUGUUAAGGAGCAGAAAACAGCUGGUUCAGACUGUACUGUAUGGGAGUAUUUCAAAGAAACAGUAGCCACUUGUAGCAACAUUUUAUACUUAUAAUAGUAACAUUUCAGCAUUAGCAGUUCCUUUGCAGAUAUCACACUCCCUGCUGGCACCAUUAAAUCAAUUCUAGCUGGGGUUAAUUAAAGGAGAGGCAGUUCCUCAACACUAAAACUCCUAAUCCAGAGUUUUAGCUGGAGAAGUUAUUUUAAAUGACCUUUAAAAUCUUCCAGCAGCUUUGAUGACAGUGCAUUAUUAUGACAACUGUGUGGAGUUAAACUACCACUGUACAUCACCCCGAACACACCGUCCCUUUGGUGACACAUGGUGAUGGCAACAUCAUGCUGUGGGCAUGCUCCAGCAGGGUGUGAUGGUGAGAUGGCGGGAAGAUGGAUAGACUCAAGUGAAGGGAAAUCCUGGAGGAAAACCUGUAAGUAGCUGCAAAAUACUUUGGGCAGAUUUAAUCUAGACAAUCACUCUAAACAUACACGUAGAGUUCAAAUUAAAUGGCCUGCUUAUGUUUUUAGAAUGGCCUAGUCAAAGUCUAGUCCUAAAUCCACAUCAGAAUCUAUUUUGCACAGAAGAAAGGGAAAAAAUAUUCAGUGUUUAGAUGUGCAAAGCAGGAAGAGUCACACCCAGAAAGACUUCUAGCUGUAAUUGCAGAAAAAAAAAACAUUGAAACAGGGGUGCUUAAUGCAACAACACACUUGAUAAAGGACAGUUGCACAGCCAUCUAGUAGCUUUUAUAACAGUAUUUAUAUUUAAUAUAAAUUGAUAAUGAAUUGUUCAUCUUCAUAUAGGAACUACUGUCAAUAAAUAUUAAAUGGAAGAUUUCUUCCUAUACUUUUGGGUUAAUACAGGUCAUAAAAAAGUGCCUUUUUUCAGGGGGUUGAAAGAGGUUAGUGUAGAAUGUGAAGCAUACCAACUUUGUCAGAUUUUGAAAAGGGAUGAGGAGGAUGCUUUGUAUUCACUUAGAUAAUGAAAAUGUGUGACUCAAAUAUGAAAAUUAAAGGAAAAAAGCAACAAAACACUGAUUCAAAUCUGAAACAAUGGCAGGAGAGCUGUUUACUGUGACAAAGACAAAAACAUAGUAAUUGCGUCCACAGAGUUGUUACAGUACUAAUAAAGAUGCAGUGUAAAAAUAAUAAAAUGCAACUUUAUGUCUUCUUUUCUUUUUAUUAGUUUUUAUGAAAGUCAAUUCAAUUAACCUUUUGUGAUGUGUUGCCUCUUUUUUGCCAUGCUGCUGCCCCCUGCUGCCCAACAGCUGUUACUUCUACAACCAAGAUUAAUCCUAAAACCUUGACCUGAAAAUACUAGUCUGGUUUGAGUUUAAAACCAUAAUAAAAAAUAAAGAAAUGUGUAAUUAUGA